AUGGCCCUGCCGUCAGACAGUGGACCGGAUGCGAGAUUUUAUGUAAGUUUGGUCUUUACAACUUGUUCCGUAUUUUGCUUUAACAUAUCUUUCAUCGUAUAACAAACCGUGGGCGCAGCUUAAAGUUCUCGAAAAUUAAUUUUUUCGACAAAAUGUGACCAAAUUCGUAUGAAAAACGAUCUUUACUGAUAAGGUUUCGUAACAACCUUUACAAAUUUUAUCAUUAAUGUCUAGAAUAAAGUCUUAUCUUUCUUUACGUAUCAAUUUUUAGUUUUUAAUCAUUAAGUUUACUUGAUUUUUAACGAGUUUUGUCAGUACAAACGCUAAAAAUUGGCCAUGUUGAGCGAGAUUUCGUGAAUAAUUUGAAGGUUUCUCGUUCGUUUUUUAAAAAAUUGAUAUCAAUUGGCCACAGAACAGUCAGGGACUUGUUUAUUCAGACAGUGUGUUUUUUUUUAAUAAUGUACUUUGGCGAGUGAACGUCUGUUUAACCCAAUUUUCACUGCGAUUCUUGUGAUUCACUUGGAACUUUUGACCUUUUAAUGUUUCUCGGGAUUUUUAGACAGGUUUUCUGGAUAAUAUAAUUGGCUUUUUGAGCUGAAUUGUUGGGAAAAUGAACGGCUAUGUUAUAGUAAUGAAUAAGAAAUUAGAAAGAUCAGCUGCUUUACAUAAAAAUGACUUUUAUUGAGGAACGUGAGGUGUCGUCAUGGAUAAUAUAAUAUCUUUUGAUUGUAAAUAGAAAAUGUGUUUCUUUUUAUUUCAUUGUGGUGUUUAGAUAUUUUUCCUUUCAAUAGUUAUUAACUUUCGUUUUGCAUAUAAAUUUUCACCAGACCUCCUAUGGUCUGGAGAGGGCCCUACGGGCCCUCCACUUUUACUUUUACUUAUGCUUUACUUUACUAAAAUUAUUGUAUUUUAAAUUUGCCAAUUUUAAUACAGUUUAUAAUAUUCAAACUAAUCGGCUCGGGCCUGCGGCUCUCGCACCACUUUUUCACUUAAAUAUUGUAAAUGAUCCAUACCCGCCGUACCCUAACCCGUACCCAUUCGUACCCUCAUGCCAUACUCAUACCCAUGCUGUACCCAUGCCAUACCCAUACCCGUACCCAUUGCAUACUCAUACCCAAACCCAUGCCAUACCCGUACCCACCCGCACCCAAUUCAUACCCAUGGCGUAUCCAUGCCAUACACAUAGCCGUACCCAUGCCAUACCCAUAACCAUACCCGUACCCUUAGCAUACCCAUUGCAUACCCAUACCCGUACCUAUUCCAUACCCAUGCCAUACCCGUACCCCUGACAAUACCCAUAUCUACCCCCGUAAUGAUACCCGUACCCAAACCCAUGCCAUACCCGUCUUAUUCCAUACCCAAAUCCAUUCUAUACCCAUUCCAUACCCGUGCCAAUACCCAUAUCUAUCCCAGUACCCAUACCCGUACCCAAACCCAUGCCAUACCCGUCCCAUUCCAUACCCAAACACAUACCCAUGCCAUACCCGUACACAUACCCAUGCCAUACUCGAACCCACCCACCUCCGUACUCUUACCCACGCCAUACCCAAAUAUUUUAUAUCACAAAAAAUAGUACCAUAUUCAAAAUAGUAUCAAAAAACGUACCUACAUAUUCAUGCCCAAGACAUUUCCAACCCGACCGCUCACUAUCGAAAAUUUUAUAAAACUGACUGAUUUUUUUCAAAAUUUUAACAAAUUUUUUAUUUUUUACUGAAUUUCACAAAAAUUUGCAUGACUCUCUCACUCAGUACAGAUGUACUCUUAUUUUGGCUUCACAUACGGCUCUGCAUUAAUAUAGGAGAGAGUAAUGUUAAAGCUUAUAGUAGAUCUGAUAUGUAAGAUAAUAUUUCAAUGGUUAUUUGGAACAAUGUAAAUGUAAUUUUGGAAUGAAAGGCUAUUGAAAAGAACUUUUUGUAUUAUUAAUUAAAAUUUGUUUGCAAGGACAGGUUUAUAUACAUUUUUUUGGCUUUUUUUCAGGAAACAUGGGUCUAAUAUCAUGGAUAAUAUGAUAACUUUUUAUUAUUGAUUCAAAAUUUGUUCUUUUUUAUUUUGAAAGCUCUUUAUUGUAUUGUUCUUUGAUUUCAAAACAAACUCUAGGAAAUUUAACUGUUUGUUUCUUUUUUACGACGUUAUAUAUACUUUAGGUAUUGCAAUAUCUGAUUUUAGAUGCAAAAUUCGACAGAAGAGCCGGACCGCGAAGCUAAUGUUGUCGUAGCGGCAGGAGUACAACCACAGCACAAUGAGGGCAGUCAUUUGUUCGCCGAACGUACUCCAACGGCACAAACCAUCACGUCGGAGCAGGCGUUCAUGCACAUGGUUAAAGCAAUGUUGGGAACUGGGUUAUUGAGCCUGCCAUUGGCUUUCAAGCAUUCUGGACUUUAUGUAAGUUGUAUUUAUUAUUUUGUUGUGUUUUUAGGUACUAACCAAUAGGUUUGAUACUGAAACAUCCGUGUUACGUGGCUAAAAGAAGAGAUAUAGCUGUAAAUUGAUGUAUAAUAUAGAAAAAAGUUUAUAAAAAUAUUGUUUUCAGCUCGGAAUGAUUCUACUGGUUCUAAUAUGUUUUGUAUGUUUAUACUGCAUGAGACAGAUUGUAUACGCAGCUCAUUUUGUUUGUGCAAGGUAAGUUGUAUUAAUUUUUGUUUGGAUUUUUAGGUUAAGUCGAAGAUUUUUCAAAAAUGGUGAUAACUUUCUUUCAAGUUUUCGAAAAUGAAAGACCUUUUGUGAAUAGUAGAAGAAUUACAAGAACUUUCUUUAUAGGACGAAAAACGGCAAGAACUUUGUUUUAAAGUUAAGAAAUGGCAAAAACUUUCUUUACUGGAGCUAAAAUGACCAGAACUUUUUUAUAUGAACGGAAAAGGGCAAUAAUUUUCUUUACAGCAUAUAUAAUGACACGAAAAACGUAUUUUAGUAUCUUUUACGGAUUUUAAUACAAUUUUUUAGAAACGGCCGAGAAGCCAUUGACUAUGGCAAUAUCAUGAGAGGUGCAGUGGAAGCCGGUCCAGCUUGGAUUCGCCAUCACGGCUAUUUCUUCAAACAACUAGUAAAUUGUAAUGUGUUUGUAGCUCAACUCGGCUUCUGUUGUGUAUAUUUUGUCUUUAUGGCCGAUAAUUUGGAGGACUUUUUUCGAAAAAACUUGAAUAUUGUACUGCCCAAAGCCAUUUGGAUGUUAAUCAUAUCAAUCCCGGUCCUCGGAUUUUGCUCAAUUCGAAAACUGUCAAAGCUGGCACCGUUUGCCACAGCUGCCAACAUUAUCUACCUUGGUGCGGUGUCGAUUGUGGUCUACUUUUUCUUUAAUAACUUGAAAUCGACUGAUGAACUGACGAAGUGGGGCGAAUUGAGGGAUCUGCCAUUGUUUUUUGGAACUGUCAUGUUUGCUUUCGAAGGCGUUUCAGUGGUAAGAAUUUCAUUUUUAUCUGCUUGUUCGAAAUUUAGGUAAAAGAACCGAGGAAAUGAUCUUAAAAUGGCUUUUUCGAUAUUAUAGUAGACAUUUUCAGAUAAUGAUUAUCGAAAAUCGAAUGCAAUCUCCUCAAAACUUUAUCCAAUGGAACGGUGUCCUGAACACAUCAUGUAUGAUGGUCCUCGCCAUCUUCUCCGUUAUUGGAUUCUAUGGAUACUUGGCCGUAGGCGACGAUGUAGCCGAUACUGUAACGCUCAACCUCCCAGACGAACCUUUCUUUCAAAUCCUCAAAAUCAUGUUUGUACUCUGCGUUCUAGUAUCAUACCCAAUUCAAUUCUUCGUCCCAUUGGAGCGAGUGGAAAAGUUUAUCAGUCGGAAAUGCCCUCCGGAAAAACACACUCAAUAUAUGUAUUCGGCGAGAUUUGGCAUCGUUAUGAUAACAUUGGUCGUAGCAGAGAUGGUACCACAUCUAGCUCUCUUCAUAGCACUCAUGGGAGCUGUGGCGUGCUCAGCCCUGGCUCUACUGUUCCCACCAAUGAUCGAUCUUCUCGUGGCAUCGGCUAAAAACGAGCUGACAUCCGUUUGUUACCUAAAAAACUUUGUUUUACUUGGAUUCGCUUUGUUAGGCUUUACUACUGGCACAUAUUCCGCAUUGUCAGACAUCGUCAAAACUUUUGAGCCUCAGGAAAUUUGA